AACUAUAGGUUAGGACCGUUUGGUUUCCUAUACGGGGAUCGGGAGGACGCGCCCGGAAAUGUCGGCUUUUAUGACCAGUUAUUGGCUCUCAAAUGGGGUUUAUUCAAAAAGGCUAUCAUUGAAAGCGGUGUUCUUAUGUUUAAUAAAGACAGGGAUAUGGUUAACACAACUGAGGCUUUAGUUAACAGUAAAACUCUUGCAAAACAAUUGAAAUGCAAUGAAACCGAGGAUUGGUUACAAUGUCUGCGAAGAGCGGACGCCAAAGAUAUAGUGAAAUACGGUUCGUCUGGUAUGACAUUCCCGGUGUUUGGCACAGAUUUUCUGCCCAUUCGUACACAACAAGCUAUAAAUGAUAAAAAGUUUAAUACAGAUAUUGACUUUAUGUCUGGUAUAACACACGAUGAGGGCUCAAUGUUUGCAAACAUGGUAGUCAAAGACCCGGAUCACAUGGCACUCACCGACUUUCAUAAUGGUGUGAAAGCGCUCGAGUCGUACCGCUAUUUCAACAUUGAUUUCCCAAAAGUGACCGAACAUUACCUGAAAGGUGUCAACACUAGUAGUCCUGCGGCACUUCGCACGGCAUUUAUCGCACUAUUCAGUGAUAUAUCAAUCAUAUGUCCGACAUAUCUGUUCGCCAAACGGUUCGCACAAACUGUCAAAGAGUCGCAAAGGGUUUACUUUUACGAGUUGUUGUAUAAAAGCGAGUGGUUUGCCAAACAAGCGGGUUGUAGUGCGACCAUGGGCGUUUGUCACAUGAUGGAAUUGCCAUUUGUGUUUGGUUUACCACUACUUGAUCCACACCAUUACAGUCCCGAAGAUAUUCAUUACAGUAAUGUUGUGAUGAAAAUGUGGACAACGUUUGCCAAAUCAGGUCACAUGGACUCUGAUUGGCCGCAACUGUUAAACGAUGAGCCGAUGGGUGCGCCCAAAGUCCACGGUUUGGAUCCAAAGGACUUACGGCUAGUAUUGAAGGAUCCUAUUGAUGUUGAGACGAGUAUAGGAGUAGUAAGGGGUCGGACACUACAUGUGUUGGACACAAAUGUGGAUCAGUUUGUGGGCAUUCCAUACGCCGAACCCCCGGUCGGCAAACAUAGGUUCGCAAAACCCGAACCCAUUUCUAAACCAUUUCCCGUAACAUUAAAGCCAGUGAUGUUUUGGAUACACGGAGGGAGUCUUAAUAUGGGAUCAAUAUUUCUCGAUUGGUUUAAUGGCAGUGUUUUGGCCACACAUGAUGUGGUGGUUGUGUCCGUCAACUAUAGGUUAGGACCGUUUGGGUUCCUAUACGGGGAUCGGGAGGACGCGCCCGGAAAUGUCGGACUCUAUGACCAGUUAUUAGGCUUAAAAUGGGUUAGAGAAAACAUUCACUCUUUUGGCGGAGAUAGGGAUCAGAUCACCAUUUUUGGUGAGAGCGCCGGGAGUUGGUCGGUGUCCGCACACAUACUCUCCCCGCUAUCCAAAGGCCUAUUCAAGAGGGCUAUUAUGCAAAGCGGUGCCCAUCUGUACAAUAAGGAUAGGGAUGUGUUUAAUAAGACCGAAGCCUUAUCUUUGGCCAAAUUCAUGGCCAAAGACCAAAAAUGCAAUGAAACCAAGGAUUGGAUACAAUGUCUGCGAAGAGUGGACGCAAAGGAUUUAGUGAAAUAUGAAGCGCAUGACACAUACCCUCUGUUUGGCACAGAGUUUCUGCCCAUUCCUACCCGACAGGCAUUACAUGACAAAAAGUUUAAUUCAGAUAUCGACUUAUUGUCUGGCAUUACACAAGACGAGGGCUCAACCAGUUUGGACACUGUUGUCAAAGACCCCAAACACGUGACACUCGCAGACUUUCACAAUGCAUUUACAACUAUCGAAUCGCUCGGAUUUCAUAAUAUAGAAGCACCGAAAUUAACGGAAUAUUACCUGAAAGGUGUCAACACUAGCGAUACGUCGGCACUACGGACAGCAAUCGCCGCACUUUUUAGUGAUCUAACACUCGGUUGUCCGACAUAUCUGUUCGCCAAACGGUUCGCACAAACUGUCAAAGAGUCGCAAAGGGUUUACUUUUACGAGUUGUUAUACCGAAGCGAUUACUACUCCAAACAGAUAGGUUGCGACCUAACGACCAUGGGCAUUUGUCACAUGUCGGACCUACCAUUUGUGUUUGGUCUACCACUACGUUAUCCCAACGAGUAUACCACCGAUGAUAUAAUUAUUAGCAAAUAUGUGAUUAAAAUGUGGACAACAUUUGCGAAAACAGGUCAUAUGGACUCUGAUUGGCCGCAACUGUUAAACGAUGAGCCGAUGGGUGCGCCCAAAGUCCACGGUUUAGACCCAAAGGACUUACGGCUUGUACUGAGUGACCCGUUUCAUGCAACUUGUGAUGGCGUGUGGGCCGACUAUUUCCUAUAA